UCUAAUUUACGCUAGGAAGGAAACGCCGACAACGCCAGCGUGGCCUAGGACAUGGUAAAGGGUCUUUAAGCGAAUGCCAAUAAGUUACCAGUAAAGGCAUCGCCAUAAUCUAGGAGGCGGCGGCCCCAUACCAGCUAGGGGACCGCAAGGCAGAUAUGAUCCCAGUCUCGGGCCAGUAAAUGUCAUCCGGAGCUACGACACUUCGUUUCCCAGCUUAAUUGUCACCUUCAAAAAAAACUGUCCACGUAGGUAUAAUGAAGCCUCGCUAUGUGGCAGCGGAUAUCCGAGAUCAGCUGAGCAUACCGUACUAUCUAUAUCUAGCCAAGCCGCCGAUACUGGCCCCAAGGAGAUUUUACGGUGCCUCUCUCUAAGACCCCAUUUACCGAAUCUUAUACUACUCUCACCUUUUUGUAACCCCGCUUGUCGGUUUCAGCCAUCUAUCUGACCGUCAUAUGGAUCCCCAAAGUGGGAACAGGGGUCGUCACGACAACCCAGAUGACUAUGUUGGAAACCAGACGGGCCCCCAUAGUGCGGGCCCCGUUCAAGGUUUGUCGCCGCAAGACUAUGCGAUCAGAAUAUCUAUGCUUUCAGAAACACUAUCCUCGUCUUUGCGCUAUGGUGAGAUGUUUCGCGAUUUGGCCAGCUUUCUCGGGCAGCCCUACGAAACACACAUCACUGCCAUCGAUUCCAUUCACACGCAAGUCAACAAUAAAACCCCGUGUCACUUUGCGGCCAUUCGCAGAUUCAACGACCAGCAAGGCAAGUUCAUCCCAGUCAGCACCAUCCAAGCGCUCGAGCAGCUUAGAUCCCCAGGAGGACUAGGGCGGAGAGACUUUUCUUUAGUGCUAUUGCGCGGCUAUCCUUCCGCUGAGGUGCUGAAUGCUCUCGGGGGGCAUUAUUUACUAUAUCCCGAGAUUUUCUGUUCUCAUUUGGCGUUUUCGUCGGAGUCGGCGGGCAGAACAACAACAGCAUCCGUUCACGCGCCACGACUGCCCUCCGUAUCUGGGGAUUCAGUUUCACUGAGGAUGGUUACGAUCGGCUCUUACCCCGACAUAUCGUACCUUGAAGACAACCAAACCAUUCUGGACGAGUUUAGAAUGGAUGCCUCCGAGUCGAUGGCUCAGUACAUCAAUCGUAUUAGUAGAUUGGACCAUUGGCACGCAGCACCUUGUGACUCGAUUGUCAGAGACUUCUCCGCCCAUGGAUUGGAUCAAUUCUCGAUCGAACAACAGAUUUCCAUCAGCUUUCAAGAGGUAGCUUGUGGGAUGAUAGGCGUGGUAUGGCAUGACGCGGGCCGUCCGCUAGAUGAAGGCUACGACGGACCGUGGAAAGCCAAAGGCAGGCGUCCAGUCCCUGGAGAAGUCAAAUAUCACUUCCCAACCACACAUUACGGGCGUAGAACUACGUUUAAGGAUAGUCUGAUAAUGGGGACACGCAGCCAAACCCCCCCGAGCAAUGAUCCAUCCGGUAUAGUAGACUUCAUCAUGCAGAUCUAUUCUCAUGAUAUCGACCCUCAAAGAGCGCAAUGCGACCUUUUCUACUCUGUCUCGCCGUGGUUCCAUGUGGUGGUUUCUGCCGAAAUGGACCUUCUAAGAGAGCUUGAGUCCAAAAUCAGGAGCGAACUUGACCACGAUACUCUAAUUAACCAGGAGUUCUCAACGCUAUCAAAUCUGCUCUAUUGUCAGCAAGAACUGAGGCGACAAGUCAGGAAUCUAACUGAGCCGAUCGAAUUUAUGGAGGGGCUGAACAGACGCCCGUGGUUUCAAGCACUGAGUGCCGAACGACAGAGCGAAUGCGGAGAGACGAUCAAGUCCUUCCUACGGGACUAUCGAGCUGCUUUACAAUAUGCGACAGCUCUCCACCGAGAAUGCGUCCAAGGAAUGACGAUCGUCGCCCACAAAGCAACAAUCCAAGAGUCAGCAAAAGCCAUAGUUGAGGCCCGAAAUGUCACAAGGCUGACAAAGCUAGCGAUGGUUUUUGUACCACUCAGUUUCAUGACCUCUCUAUACGGCAUGAAUUUACAGGAAUUCGGUGUAGAAAAUGCGCCAACUAUUUGGUCCUGGGUCAUAGCCUGUUUAGGACUGGGUGCUCUGACCACCAUUAUUUACCGGUAUUAUCUUUCCGGGGAUAACAAAAGAAGGCAUGGGAAUCGGCAGGUUUACGGCGGUGAACCGCAGAAGGCAGGGCUGAAGAGAUCCCUCGCGGCAAUAUAGAGAAGAGACAGGAGUCGGCUCCAAUGACGGCAAGAUGAGGCUCAUUGACCGACGUAGCAAUAUAGUACUACGUAUUCCCAAAUU